CUUUCAGAUGCUGGAUUUUUCAAAGACAUUCAAGAGUUUGUCGAGUCAUUCAAAGUCAUGUGCCUUUUCUCCAAGGCGUUUCUGGACGAAACAAGAAAGAGCAUGGGUCCCAGUACGCACGGUUACCAAGCAGAACAACAUGGCGGAAUUUCCUGAAUUAGGAAAACAUUGUGAUGUACAGACUUGUAAACAGCUAGAUUUUCUUCCAUUUGUUUGCCAUGGAUGUUCUGGAACCUUUUGUCUAGGGCACCGGUCAAAAGCAUCUCACAGCUGCACUGCUGAUGAUCAGAAAUAUGAGGAAAAUUCAGCAAAGACUUUGGUUACAACAGAGGGUCACUUGGAGUGUUCAUUUGAAGAGUGCGGUGGUCAUGAGCUGGUCCCUGUGAUAUGUGAACACUGUCAUAAGAACUACUGCUUCAGGCACAGACAUCAGGUUGAUCACCAGUGCUCAGUUCUCCCUCAAAAACUGCCCAGAGUAACACCUGAAGAAAGAAUACAACAAAUCAUUGGUAAAGAACUUUCCAAAGAAAAGAAAGGUAGAGGAGGGGUGAGAAAUGAAAGUCGGGCAGCUAAAGUAGCUUUGAUGAAAAUAAAGAUGAAAGCAACAGGAGAUAGCUCUAUACCUCAGGAGGAAAGAAUUUAUUUCAGAGUUUUACUGCCUUUUGGCAGUAAAGAACAAGAGCAACCCUUGUUUUUCUCUAAGUAUUGGACUGUAGGAAAAGUUAUUGAUAAAAUUGCCGAGGCAGCACGACUGAAAAAUGAAAAUAACAAGAAGACAUCACAGAGGAAGCUGCGGUUAUUUCACCGAAAUACUGGUGAAAUAAUGGAAUUACAAGAUUCUUUGGAACAUUUACAAGUACGAGAUCAUUUACAAGUGUCUAGUGGAAGCACAGUUAUAAUAGAAUACGUGGAUAAUGAGUGUAAUGAUGUGCUAUCAAAUCUAGACAAAUACCCCACGUGAGUACAAUAAAGUCUAAUUGAAACUUGAAUUUUGUUUUCGUUCUCUUGUUAUGCAAUUUGCGCAGAGUCAGACAACUCUUUGUUAAAUUCCUCAUUGAUUUUCGCACUCUUGUAUGCAACACAAGUAAAUCUUUUCUAGUCUUUAUAACAUCAGGGUAGAAUUUU